CUUCAACUGAUAUCAGAGAUAAGAGUGAUGCGUGUAAUAGACAAAUCAAUUGCCUUUCGAGUUGCGAGUGAUUUUCACAUUAAUCACUCGUUUAGCAUUGUGUAGCAUGAAUAGUGUUGGUGAAAUGGAAUCGAAGCCAAAACCGAAGCCACUGGUGCUUUUAUUUGCUGCCACUGGCUUGAUUCAAGGAUUGGUUUGGGUUAUUCUGGCGUUUUUAGCUAUUUUAGCAUAUAAAGAUGUUUUGGAUAUUCCUGUAGAGUUAAAGGUUACAAAUGUUACUCACGAUGAGUACAUAGCGUCCGUGUUUAAAUUGGUAUACUUCAGUGAAGACGAUGAGUUUUACAAAGAAGUAAACGUGAAGGUGAACAUUGAUUCCGAUAAUUUAGCGAUAUUCACGGCUUUUUAUCUUGGUAUCUCGAUUGUAUGGACGAUUACAUCAGCUGUACUACUCUAUUUCGCAAGGUUUUCGAAUGAAGUGGGCGUAUACGUAUGUUCGCUAGGUUAUAGCGGCAUUGUGACUAUUGUGACAGUCGUUGAUUUAACGUUAAUGUCACUCUUGAUGGCUGAUUAUAGCACAGUCUACGAUUAUGCAUCACAAACGGGCGUGACAUAUACAGUUUUAUCAUACUGGCUAUUGGUAAUUGGAAUUAUGUUUACUCUGGCUGGAAGAGGUUAUGUGUUGCUUCUUGUUAACAUUGGCAGCGCCAUCUAUUUUGCUUCGUUUUACUUCAUAAAGAAAUCAAAGAUUACCACAGAGAGAGACCGGGCGAUUUUGUAUAAUAUUCCUAUUGAUGCUUAUAAAGAACACCCAGGGCAUAAUAAUGUUGCCGAAGCAUUCAAUGAUGAUGUAGGAUGGUCAUUCGCACGAAAUAACAACGCGUUUAUUUUUGAUGAUGCUCAAUCCCCACCGCAGACACCUACGCGACCACAAGUAACACCUAGGCAACCAGCUGCACAGCAACAAAUAACACCUAGGCAACCACCAGCGCCACCACAAGUACCUUUGUGGUUAGGUCCAAGUACUCAACGUGCUGCAACACCGGAAGUUGAACCGGAAACUCGUCAACCAGCAACAACAUCACCAUACGCAUUACCCAAUAAAGUGAUACCAAAACCACCGCCGCCAAUGCCCCCCGCAAAACCAGCCAAAAAGGUAACAAAACCAGCCAAACCCCAGGGUAAAAAAGGCCCACCAAUUCCCUUCCCAGAUUACUCCCCGCCGGAAUCACCCAAGGAGUUGCGAUCGGUGAUCAAACCACAUUCAUCUUACUACUAACUAAAUAUCACCACCAGGAAUACAUUAACAGUUGAUAAUUGAGGUUAUAAAUCGUAAUACCAUUUUGUUUAUUGUUUUCAACACCCAUGUACAAACUUAACGCAUUAAACUGUAGUUAUCUACGA